AUGGCAGAAGACAUAAUGGUUUAUACUAUUACGACUAAAAACCCUGAGUCAUAUAAUUCUAUAACAACAAACUUACAAAGUCCUCAAGGACGAUAUUGUAAACUAACUUUAAACACAAUGACGACUAAAGCCUGUUUUGCUCUUUUGACACCAGAAGACUUUAUUGUUGUGAAUGGUAAAAAAUACUCCUUUGAAGAUACUUACUCAGAUAUACCACCAACAGGUUUUGUUGACUUAUUUAAUACUUUAAGUACGGGUGUAACAUGUGCUGCAACUAGAGCAGGUUUCAUUAUGUUUGGAUGUCCGACUGAGUUUACUAUAAACGAUAUGAGCUAUAAUACAAAACUUAUUUCUGGUUUUUACUACCAACAGUUUCCUAUAACAGGAAAAGGUGUCAUACAAGGAAUGUCUAUUCCAUUGACAUUAAGCACACCAAUCUUAUAUAUUGUUUCAAACUUAGGUUCAAAGUGUUAUUCGAAUGUCGACAGAAACUAUUAUGACCAAAAGAUACUUAUGCGUAUAAACAAUACUUUCUCUGCUGGUUUGCCUAUUGUUCAUUCGAAUGCAGAAUUUUCAACCUUAGUGAACUCAAACACUUUGGCAAGUAUAACGUUGACAUUAGUUGA